CAACCCAUACCAGCCCAGUAUCCCAUCCCAGUACCCACAUACCUCCUCCCAGCAACCCAUACCAGCCCAGUAUCCCAUCCCAGUACCCACAUACCUCCUCCCAGAGUCCCCCCACCCCCCCCCCCAGUACCCACACCAGCCCAGAACCGGUACCCUCCCCAGUCCCCGUUCCCCCCGCACCAUACCCAUAUACCCCCAGUGCUCCCAGUUCCGCCCCCCCGCCCCG